AUGGACAUCCCUAGUUCAAAGAAAUUGGAGAAAAUUAUUAGAAGGUGCAAUGGCUUACCUUUGGCUGUAAAAGCUAUUGGAAGCUUGCUACGCAUAGUUAAAUAUCACGGAGAAUGGGAAAGAAUAUAUGAGAGUGAGAUAUGGAACUUACCAGAAGAGCAGUGUGGCAUAAUUCCAGCUUUGCGAUUAAGCUACCAUCAUCUUCCGUCAUACUUGAAACGAUGUUUUGCAUAUUGCUCCAUACUUCCUAAAGAUAAUGAAUUUGAAGAAGAAGAAAUGAUCUUGUUAUGGAGAGCAGAAGAGGGUGAUAGGCAACAGAAGUUCUCAAAUCGCACUCGACAUUCGUCUUAUAUUGCUGGUGUAUAUGACACGGUGAAGAAGUUCGAAGCAUUUGAUCAAGUGAAAUCAUUACGUACUUUCCUACCUUCACAAUUGUCACGUGAUCGGAAGCUUUAUUUAACUAAUGUUGUUUUGGUUGAUUUUUUGCCAAAACUUGGCUACCUAAGGGUGCUUUCUUUGAGUGGGUAUGCCAUCACUGAGUUGCCUGAUGUGUUCCAUGCUUCAAAGUUUACUUCAAAGAUGGAAAAUCUUGUCAACUUGCAUUAUCUUGAUAUUAGAGGGGAAGGUGAUGGUUGUCAUAUUAGAGAUUUGAAAUAUUUGUCAAACCUCAAAGGUGAUUUCCGUCUUUCUGGGUUGGAGAAUGUUAAUGGUAAAGAUGCAGGGGAAGCCAAGUUAAUUGAGAAGCAGGGGAUUGAUCAAUUGAAUUAUGGUGGUGCAAAAUUCUCUACUUGGAUUGCAGAUCCUUCCUUCAAGAAUAUGUUGUCAUUGGAGCUUCACGACUGUAAAAAUUGCGAAUCUCUACCAUCGAUUGGAAGGUUGUUGUUGUUAAAAGAUCUUUCAAUUAGUGGCCUGGAUCAAGUACAUAAGAUUGGUGCUGAGUUGUUUGGAGAAAAUCAAUCAAAUGCUUUUGCAGCAUUAGAGUCUCUGCGUUUUGGCAAUAUGCUAAAUUGGGAGGAGUGGGACCUAUGUGAAGAUGAUGAGCAAGUAUCGAAAUUCCCCGGCCUCCGUUUUCUUUCAAUCAGAGAAUAUCCUCUAUUGUUGGGAAGGUUGCCAGCUAUCCUUCAAUCCUUGCAGAAACUUGAAAUCUUUGAGUGUAAGAGACUGCUAGUUUCAAUUUCAAGUUUUCCCUUGCUGUGUGAAUUAAGGGUUAAUGGGUGUGAAUUGGUGGAUGAAGGUUCUUUGUCUGUACAGAGGGUUACCUCUUUGAAAUAUGUGUCUCGUUCAUAUAUUUCAAAGUUUAAUAUUUCAGCAGAGAGGAUAAUGUUGAGAUCUGCAAACUCUGAAACAUUCAACAUCUAUGGUUGGAAGGAGUUGGGCUCUUUAUCGCAAAAUGGGUUAAGCAUAGUUGGGCAUCGUUUCAUCACGUUUCGGAAUUGUCCCCAGUUGGUCUCUUUGGAAACAGAGGAGGAGAGAUUUCAACUUGACAAGAUUCCAGGUGUUGAAUCUCUAGACAUAAGGGCUUGUGAAAGGCACAAUAGACUACCAAAAGUCUUACAUGCUUUCCCAUUGAUUACGAGAAUAGAACUUGAAGAGUGUCCAGGCUUGGUUUGUUUUGCAGAGAGUAACUUCCCUCCUGCUUUAAAAGAGCUGAGGAUUUUAUGA